CAUAGACACAGACACAGACACCGACACGGACAAACACAUACAUGACUUGAAGAUGACGCACCAUACACACAUGUAGCAUGUCUCGAUUGGUCACGCUGGUGGGGGAGGGGGCGAAUAGGCACUCAAAGCAUCCAGAAACUGACGCGCACACCACACCACACACGCGUCCAUCCAUCCAUAUCCAUGAUACGACAGACAUAGUCACCUGGUUGAGUGUUGGGUCGUCAUUCUUGCCCUUGAAGGGGAUCUCCGUCGUCAGGGGACCUUUCUCGCCCUGCGCAUCCACACCGCAUAGUUGGGGGGCGCACACAUCCAGAGAGAGUCGUGGAGACAGAUGUGCAUGUUAUGUGUAUGCAUACUUCAGGGUACAAGAUAGCCAAGAGGUCAGUUCUGAGAGCCUGCACGUGUGCGCGACAGGAGAGAGACCAGAUGUGUGCAGUCAGUGCAUCCAAGUGGUGUGUCUAUCUUCUUUCUGACCUCAUCCAUGCCCAUCGCGAAAUCAACAAACAUGUCCUAUACACAAAGACACACACUCGUGUGUGUCACUGUCGUACGUCUAGAGCUCUAUGUGUGUGUACUUUGUUCAAUGUGUGUGGUGUGACGUCCAUUCCCCGUGGAAACUUCUUGUCAGCCGUCAGCCGCAUCACAAUGUCCUUGCCCACCACAGACUCCUGCGCACAGACACAUGCCAUGCACGCCCACACCCAUCCAUCCCCCAAUCGCAUACAGACACACGCCACCCUCUCCCUCCCUGUAUUUACUUUGAGUGUGUCCUUGUCAGUGGCGAUGGCCCGCCACAGCCGGCAGCACGCCCGGUGCCGGAUUGCAUGAGACACGUCCUGCUCCAGCUGCGUCAGCUUCGUCUCCAACUCGCCAUUCUGCUCGCGAAAUGAUGCACUGAAAAGAAGAAAGGGGGCACAUAGGGGGAAGAUUUGCAUGUCGAAGGCGGAUUUUUCCGUCUGUCUGUCUGGCUGCUUGUUUGCUUACGAGCUGGCUCUGAGCUCCUCAAUGACGUCCCAUAGAGGAUCCCUGCAUGGACGCAUCGGCUAUACAUGAGGAGAGAUCAUGUCUUCCUGUCUCUAGGGCCCUGUGUGUAUGUCUCACGGACAGUCACCUGUAUUCGCCAAAACACUUUCUGACAAGCUUACGCGGGUCCUCGGGAGCCACCUCACUCUCCUGCAACCCUAUCAACACUGCAACCGAAUAUAUACACACACACAAAUGCAUCCAGCCGACACUGCCCUGCUCAGUCAAUUCGUACGUUUGACGAGCGCCUCCACAACGCCCUUAUCCACGAGGAACUGCCUGAAGUCCCUCAUCUUGGCCUCUCGCCGACUCGCCUUGAUCUCAUCAAACGAGGGCGGCGCAUGGCCCAUCUGCUCUGCGGCCGUUUGUGAGAGGGAGGAGGGGCCCGGCGCAUGGGAGGUGUCCGGGGAGGGUAAGGAGGGCAGGGGAGACUCGGGAACAGUGGACAGGGCCUGGCUGCUCAUGGCUCUCAGUCCAUGCGCUCUCGG